AUGGCCUCAUCUGAACCGGAAGCAGUGGCUGGCGCUCCACCACAGCGUGCUCAGGAAGCUCCUGUGUCAGAGCGACCAUCCUACAUGAACUACGUACCACCCACACCCGGCGACCAGCAAUUCGAAGAUGCCCUCCAGCAGCAACAGCCCGAAACACCCGCGGCGGCACCAACCUCCGUCCCAGCACCUCAACUUUCACCAAUCGAGGCCAACACACAAACACCAUCCACAGCAAUAGAACAAUCCCCUCCUCUCACACGAAAAAAGACGGAAGCACUCGGGCCAGUGACCGAAGAUGCACUCACACAUCCGACAGUCACUAACGGCCAACAACUCAACAUUUCCCUCAUGCUGACAACCGGCGCACGGCAUUCCUACAAGAUCGACGAGAAGUACCUACGCAGCCGUAAGAUGGAAUCCAAAGACGCUUCAGGCGCAUUCGACCCAAAGGGCAUUACCGGAUACCAGCUCCGGGAGUUGAUCUGGAUAGACUGGCGAAGCGAGUGGGAGCCGCGACCCACGAAUCCUAGUAGUAUACGGCUGAUCAUAAUGGGGCGCAUGAUUGAGGCGAAGGCGAUUCUGCGUGAUCUACCAUUCAAGGACGACAGCACGAACGUGGUCCACAUGACCGUCAAGCCCGCGGAUCUGGUCGACGACGAGGAGACGGCCGGCAAGAGCACUGGCAAGACUGGCUCGACACGGAUGCGGGAGGGUGCAGAUCGGAGUGCCGGGUGUCGGUGUAGUGUGCAGUGA